AGAUCUGAUACGAGAAUGCAUUUUCGUCUGGUUCAAGGUCCGGGUUUGUCUCUUUUAUCGCAAAUCACUGCAAUAAGAGGGUGUGUCAGCGUUAAAUCGAUACAUAAACAUCCUUUCAGAUAUCAGAUUCAUCACGCUAUGAGUUCAGAAGCCAAGCCGAAGAUCUUCAUCACGCGUAGAGUUCCCCAAAAGGGAGUUGACCUUCUCAAAGAAAAAUUUGACAUUUUCCAAUGGAACAGAGACGAUCCAAUUCCAAGGGAAGAAUUGCUCAAACAGGUUGCUGGGAAAGAUGCACUCUUUUGCCUACUGACGGAGAAGAUCGACGAUGAAUUACUGGAGAUAGCUGGGCCUCAGCUGAAAGUGGUUGGAACAAUGUCAGUGGGAUACGAUCAUGUUGACAUUGAAGCUUGCAAGAAAAGAAAUAUCCCUGUUGGUUUUACACCAAAUGUCCUCACAGACUCCGUAGCAGAACUGACGGUUGCUCUUCUACUGGCAACAUCUAGAAGACUCGUUGAAGGUGUUGAUGCUGUGAAAACUGGUAAAUGGGGUACCUGGGGUCCAAUGUGGCUACUAGGGAAAGACCUAAAGGGCAGCACAGUAGGAAUAUGUGGUUUUGGACGUAUAGGGUAUGCUGUAGCAGAGCGUUUAAAACCUUUCAAAAUUGGCAAGCUUUUAUACAGUGACCAGGUUGAACUUCCAUAUGCUAAAGAUGUUGGUGCGGAGUUUGCUUCACAGGAACAGCUUUUGAAAGAAUCAGAUUUUGUUAUUGCGUGUGUUGCGCUUACUCCUGAAACGAAGGGAAUGUUCAACAAGGACUUAUUCAAGACAAUGAAAAACAAUGCAGUUUUUGUAAACACGAGUCGUGGCGGUGUCGUAAAUCACGAUGACCUCUAUGAUGCCUUGAAGUCAGGGGAGAUUUGGGGGGCAGGAUUGGAUGUUACAGUCCCAGAGCCCCUGCCUACAGACAGUCCACUGUUAUCGCUGAAUAACUGUGUCGUGUUACCUCACAUUGCUAGCGCAACGGAGGACACACGAAGUGACAUGUCAGAGCUAACAGCACGUAAUAUUUUAGCUGCUAUGAAUGGAGAAUCAAUGCCUGCUCAGGUGAAAUAACAUGUGACAUUUACAAAAUCCAUAUUAGGGCUUGUCAUAUCCCAUAAUGCACCUUGAUUCAUUGAGCAGACGGAAUCUAAGUUAACACACUUGCGAGUCACACAAGCAUUCUGUUUGCACAAAAACUAUAUUUUUAUCAAUAUUUAUGAUUGAGACUGAGAAUCAGUCCAUAUAUAUACAUGAAUAUAAAUAUAUACCUUUGUUUAUUCACAAACUCAAAAUGCAGUAUGCAAUGAUGUUCCUGACAAUAUGAAAUUUCUUUAUUUUUAUAAAUUACAUCUUGUGAAGAUGAAAUAAAAAUUAUGAAC